AUGAUGGAUGCGUCGGAGUGCGGGGUGAGGGUGAUGUGUCGCUUCAGGCCCCUGAACGAGGCCGAAAUCACCAGAGGAGACAAGUACAUCCCGAAAUUCAAAGAGGACGACACCGUGGUCAUAACGAGUAAACCCUACGUGUUCGACCGUGUGCUGCCUCCCAACACGUCGCAGGAACAAGUGUACAACCAGUGUGCCAAACAGAUCGUGAAAGAUGUGCUUGGCGGUUACAACGGGACCAUCUUCGCCUACGGACAGACGUCCUCUGGGAAGACGCACACCAUGGAGGGAAAGCUGCACGACCCCCAGCUGAUGGGGAUCAUCCCUCGCAUCGCCCACGACAUCUUUGACCACAUCUACUCCAUGGACGAGAACCUCGAGUUUCACAUCAAGGUUUCCUAUUUUGAAAUCUACUUGGACAAGAUCAGAGACCUGCUGGAUGUGUCGAAGACGAACCUCGCUGUGCAUGAAGACAAAAACAGAGUGCCCUAUGUGAAGGGUUGUACUGAGCGCUUUGUGUCCAGUCCAGAGGAAGUGAUGGACGUCAUCGAUGAGGGCAAAGCCAAUCGGCACGUUGCCGUGACAAACAUGAAUGAGCACAGCUCUCGCAGCCACAGCAUCUUCCUCAUCAACAUCAAGCAGGAAAACAUGGAGACGGAGAAGAAGCUGUCGGGGAAGCUCUACCUGGUCGACCUGGCGGGCAGCGAGAAGGUCAGUAAGACGGGAGCAGAGGGAGCCGUGCUGGAUGAAGCGAAGAACAUCAACAAAUCUCUGUCGGCGCUGGGAAACGUCAUCUCAGCUCUCGCCGAGGGAACGAAAACCCACGUGCCGUACAGAGACAGCAAGAUGACUCGGAUCCUGCAGGACUCUCUGGGGGGAAACUGCCGCACCACCAUCAUCAUCUGCUGCUCGCCGUCCGUCUACAACGAGGCCGAGACCAAGUCCACACUCAUGUUUGGACAGAGAGCCAAGACCAUCAAGAACACGGUGUCGGUUAACCUGGAGCUGACGGCGGAGGAGUGGAAGAAGAAAUAUGAGAAGGAGAAGGAGAAGAACAAGAGCCUGAAAAACAUCAUCCAGAGGCUGGAGGCUGAACUCAACCGCUGGAGGAACGGGGAGGACGUUCCUGAGGAGGAGCAGCUGAGCUCUAAAGAUCAGAAGAACAUCGAGCCGUCUGACAUCAUCAUCGACAACCUGCUGCCGGCCGCAGGAGGCGUCUCGGUCUCCAGCGACGAGAGGACCAAAUACGAGGAGGACAUCAGCAACCUCUACAAACAGCUGGAUGACAAGGAUGAUGAGAUCAACCUGCACAGUCAGCUGGCUGAGAAGCUGAAGGAGCAGAUGAUGGACCAGGAAGAGCUGCUGGCGUCGACGCGGCGCGACUACGAGAAGAUCCAGGAGGAGCUGUGCCGGCUGCAGACAGAGAACGAGCUGGCCAAGGAGGAGGUGAAGGAGGUGCUGCAGGCCCUGGAGGAGCUGGCCGUCAACUACGACCAGAAGAGCCAAGAGGUGGAGGAGAGAGAUCAAGCCAACCUGCAGCUGACCGAGGAGCUGCAGCACAAGGCGGCACUGCUGUCGGUGGUGCAGAGGGAGCUCAAUCAGCUGCAGGAGCUGAACGGCCUGCAGAGGAAGAGAGCCGCCGAGGUCCUCAACCUGCUGCUGCGAGACCUCAGCGACAUCGGCGCCAUCAUCGGCACCAGUGACGUCAAGACCGCCGCGGGGAACGGCUCGGCUGUGGAGGAGGAGUUCACCGUGGCUCGCCUCUACAUCAGCAAGAUGAAGUCGGAGGUCAAGUCUCUGGUGAACCGUAGCAAGCAGCUGGAGAGCGCUCAGGCCGACGCCCACCGCAAGAUCCAGGCCAAUGAGAAGGAGCUGGCAUCCUGUCAGCUGCUCAUCUCCCAGCACCAGGCCAAGAUCAAGUCUCUGACUGACUACAUGCAGAACAUGGAGCAGAAGAAGAGGCAGCUGGAGGAGAGCCAGGACGCUCUGACCGAGGAGCUGGCCAGACUGCAGGCUCAGGAGAAGAGACACGAGGUGUCAGGUGAGGAGAAGGAAAAGGAGGACAUCAGCAGACUGGACGGAGACGACGACAUCAAGAAAACGCUGGAGGAGCAGCUGGAGAACCACAGGGAGGCUCAUCAGAAGCAGCUCAGCCGCCUCCGAGAUGAGAUCGAAGACAAGCAGAGGAUGCUGGACGAGCUCACAGAUUUAAACCAGGGUCUGCUGCUGGAGCAGGAGAGACUCAUGUCCGACUACGACAAACUGAAGGCUGAAGAGCAGGAGAAGGACGCAAAGCUGCAGAAGCUCAUACUGCUGAAUGACCAGAGGGACCAGGCCAAAGAGGACCUGAAGGGCCUGGAGGAGACUGUGGCCAAAGAGCUUCAGACUCUGCACAACCUGCGCAAACUGUUCGUCCAGGACCUCACCACGCGGGUCAAGAAGAGUGCUGAGCUGGACUGCGAGGAGGGACUUGGCAACGUGGCCCAGAAACAGAAGAUCUCCUUCCUGGAGAAUAACUUGGAACAGCUCACCAAGGUCCACAAGCAGCUGGUGCGGGACAACGCAGACCUUCGCUGCGAGCUGCCCAAGCUGGAGAAGCGUCUGCGCGCCACGGCCGAGCGGGUCAAAGCCCUGGAGAACGCCCUGAAGGAGGCCAAGGAGAACGCCAUGAGGGACCGCAAGCGAUACCAGCAGGAGGUGGACCGCAUCAAAGAGGCCGUCCGGGCUAAGAACAUGGCCAGGAGGGGGUUCUCCGCACAGAUCGCAAAGCCCAUCCGGCCAGGCCAUCAUCCGCUGUCCUCACCCAUCAGCAGCUCCAUCAGGGCCGGAGGCGUCUACACCCACAACUAAAACCACAACUGCAAGUCAGCGCUACAGACCAUAAACAACUCGACGCAUGCCCACCGCCCCACCUGGACCCAUAACCGCCCCUCCUGUUGGAGCACCAAUGGGAGGCCAUCACGACAGACUGUCAGCGCUCGGAGAAGCGCCGUAGUGUAUAUACUGACAUGAGAUGUGAACAUUUGACCUGGGGCCUCACUUAGAAAAUGUUCUGCUUUAUGACCGAAAUUAUGCUUUGAGGGAAAAAGUGUCUCAUGGCUCUAGAUUUGUCAUUUCUAUUCAUAACUACACAACAGAAUCAAUAAAGCGUAACAUUUAUAAAUGAGGCUUCUUUCUGAAGGAGUCGCCUGCAACACUUCAGUGCAGGUGAGGUUAUUUGUUUCUGAUUUCUGAUUGUGACGAUAAGUUUAUACGACUGCAGAGCCAGGCAGGAAAGGCAGAACUGUAGAUUUAUUAUUUAAUCUUAAACCAGCAUUCAUUCAUUAAAACCAACAGUUUGACAUUUUGGGAAGACACUCACUUACUUACAGUACUUCCCACAAUGUGGAACAGUUCCUGCAAGAAAUGUCAUGUUUUUCUAAUGCAGCUAAAGCCUUUGAGUUCACCCUGAUACAGUGGAAGGCUGCAGGUGGCGCUACAGGUGAGGUGCAGAUAAAAACCUGCAGUAAUUGCUAAUUCACAGAGUUUAGUUAAUUCGUCAGACAUGUUAUAAGAGUAAAAUGACAGGACAUGAUAUUCAGUUUGUACUCAGUUUCUGCUGUAGAGUUGAUAGGAAGGGUUUGUGCAUCGUACUGUAGUCCUGCAGGGACACUGACCAGCCAAUCAGGCGUUCCCUGGACUCACAACAGGACCACAGUGCUUUGCUGUGUAAUCCUAUGUCAGCUACAGCAGGAAAAGGAAGAGGGACAUUAUUCUAAAAUCCCUGUAAAGGUCCUGAUCAGCCAAUCAGAGACCUGGAAACAAACCAAUGAACUACCCUUAAAAAAGACCAAAAAGAAGAAGCGAUAAUUGAAGAAGUCUGUUUUUCACUCUGCCACACCUCGUGCCUUCAGAAACACGUGAAUCACCACAAUUAUUUCCAAAACUAAAACUCCUGCAGAGAAGGAAAGCAAAAGAUUGUAACCGUCUAAUCAAAGAUACUUUAGCUGUCUGUGCUUCUUUCCUUUGUGCCGCCAGUUUAGCAUGUUUCAAGCCCAAUAUUUUGUCAGAUGCUACUUUUGGUUGCCGAGAGCGACGACACAAAGGUGGGAGCAGGCGGCUGCAGCCGCCCCGCACACGACACGUGAAUGAAUGUAAGUGCAUGGACUGGAGCUCGUGUCGAAGGCAUGCUCAGGGAGGACGAACCGAGGACGUUUGUGUACACCGCGCAUUGACCUCAUCAUGAUGUACAUUUUGAGUUUGCACUAUGUUUUUUUAGUUCCCUUGUUUCUUUUGGCUGUGGCAUCAUAUCUCUGAAUAUAACUGAUGCAAUUAAAGCUAAUAA